AUGUCACUUUUUGAGCAAACAUCUUCACGUCCUGGUUCUCGUUUCGGAAAACUUUCAUCGAAUAUGUUCUUUAUUCGAAAUACUGCUAAACCAAAACGUGUGCGUCAUAUUGAAGGAUUAAAUGGAGCAUUGAUAUGUAAUGUAAAUGAUGAUCCAUCGGUAAUUAGUUCGAUGCGUUCUAGUUCACUGAAUUUUAAUAGAACUAAUUUACCUGCAUUUGAAACUCCACGUCGUGCUGAACGACUAGUCCCUCCAAUGGGUUUUUGGAAUACUCAUGGCGUUAUUCAUGAUACAGAACGUUGGAAACAAGAAUUGGCAGCUUUAGCAACAGCUAGUGGAUUAGGAUUAGAAAAAGAUGAAGAUAAACAUCAUUCAAAUAAACCACCAACAUCAACUGCUGAUCAACAACAUGCAUCACGUUCUGGAGCUCAUUAUUCAACACGAACAGGUCGUUUCAAUGAAGGCGCUGCAUUAUCAAGAGGUCGUACAGGUUCUAAACAUGGUACAGCAUAUUCAGAUGUGUUAUUUCAUGUACCUGAAAAUGAAAGAGAAAUGUGGGGUCCAUUAAUGAAAGCACGUUGA